GGGUGGCUCUCUGACAGCGCCAUUCUGAGCCCAUUUUUCAGAACGAGAGCAACGAAGGGUUGCAUAUUUUGCCCAAAAAAAUACUCAAACUCGUGCGGAAAGUGCGUAAAAGUUGUGUAAAAUAGUGCAGAAAGUUCUCUAGAAUCCAGUGAGUGUUUUGUUGUAUCUAUCGAAAUGGUGAAGGCGUGAGAAAUUGAGUGAAAAUUCAAAAGGGAAAGCAAUGCCAAGGAAAAAGCCAUGAAUAUACUCUAGCGCUAGAGAUUGCGAGGGCAGAGCCAGUGAGUGAUUGCGAGAACACUCCGGAGGAUAACACUUUCCCUGAGCAGAUGAAUUUGCUGUGCUGGACCAUGGCGCCGAAUCCGCGUAUCACGAGGAAGUGGGAGAUCUUUGCGGGACGAAAUAAAUUCUUCUGUGAUGGAUAUCUUAUGACUGCACCACAUUCAGGCAUCUUCUACCUGACCGUUUUCCUCAUUACGGGCACCAGUGCGCUCUUCUUCGCCUUCGACUGCCCUUUUCUGGCGGAAAAAAUCACACCGGCCAUCCCGGUAAUCGGUGGGAUACUCUAUGUCUUCACGAUGAGCUCUCUGUUUCGCACAAGUUUCUCGGAUCCGGGAAUAAUUCCGCGAGCAUCACAGGAUGAAGCGGCGUACAUUGAGAAGCAAAUCGAGGUGCCAAACUCCCUCAAUAGUCCAACCUAUCGACCUCCACCGCGCACCAAAGAAGUCCUUGUGCGUGGUCAGAUCGUAAAACUAAAGUAUUGCUUCACGUGCAAGAUCUUCCGACCACCACGAGCCUCUCAUUGCAGUCUCUGUGACAAUUGCGUGUCACGAUUCGAUCAUCAUUGUCCAUGGGUGGGAAAUUGCGUGGGGAAGCGUAAUUAUCGCUUCUUCUACAUGUUCAUUGUCUCUCUGGCAUUCCUAACAGUCUUCAUCUUCACCUGCUCAACCACUCACAUUGUUCUGUUGACGAAAGAUCGAAAUGAUUUGACACUGGAAGCAAUCAAAGAGAGCCCCUUCAGUCUCAUUAUUGCCAUCAUAUGCUUCCUGUCCGUGUGGUCGGUGAUCGGUCUGGCGGGCUUUCAUACAUACCUCAUCACCAGUGAUCAGACAACGAAUGAAGACAUCAAGGGCUCCUUCUCUUCCAAGGGCGGACAACAUGCUGUCAAUCCCUAUUCACGGGGCAAUAUCUGCCUCAAUUGCUUCCACAUUCUCUGUGGGCCCAUUCAGCCGUCUCUGAUCGAUCGACGGGGCAUUGUGACGGAUGAGUACAGGAGUCAGAUGUUAAUCCCCGAGCCAUAUAUGUCGAACGCCCCCAUGAUUCCGCAUCAGCCAACGGGGACGCAGAAUACAGAGUCGCCGGGUGGUCAGAAAGGCAAUGGGAAUAUUUAUGAUAUGGAUGUGGAGGGGAAUCCGUCGGGUACGGGUGUCUAUCGGCAACGCAGCUAUGAUAAUCUCCACAAUGGCAAUUCCAAUAGUGUUGAUCAUCUGGUGGAGAAUGAAAUUCCCCUGUCGACGAUGCAGAGUCCGGCAGAUGAGAGUCGUGCGGAUAAUCAGGUAAGUGGAAGCUACACUAAUCUCUUCCGGACAUCUGUGGAUGCAGAGGAUGAGGAGCGUGUGGCAGGAAGGCAGGAGAGUGGAGGAGUACAUGUGGAGAAUGUCUAUAGCAAUAUUCCGACAAGUCCAGAGGAGGAUCCAACAAUGCAUGUUUAUUCCAAUGUUGGCACGGGCAAUGAUUUGAGUUUUGAUGCCAAUAAUAGUCUCCUCGUGGCUUCGUCCACUCUCCUGACCGAUGAUCUCGAUCUGGAUGAUCCGGCAACUGCUGCCAGUGCCUAUCGAGGUGAUCAGGUGACCACGAAGGCGUCCACAAAGACGCCAAGUAAGAGUGGGGGACAUGAGGAGAGUGCCAAAAUAGCAACGACAAAGAAUGGGGAUGUGGGACGUUCAGGUCAGAAAUCCAGUGGUCAGACAGCCAUUGAGAUGAAAAAUGUGAUACCGUCUGUGGCAGAUAGUGUGCACACAGGGGCAGGCAAUAGCAGCACAAAUCGCCUAAGAAUGCUUCAUGACACCACAAUGAUUGACACUGCCCUCGAUCUCGAUAGCCUGGAUGGAUCGAGUCUAGGUAACAAUUCCAGUGCGUGUCUAGUAAAAACGGCAGCUAUCGUGUGAGAUUUGCAUAAAAGUUAAACCUGCAUUUUAUCAAGAAAAAAGUAAAAGUCCACCUUUCUUCCUCAACUUCUACUUCUAAACUUUAUUAUUAUUAUUAUUUUUUUACAAGCGAAAAAUCCAUAAUUCUUUUCUUUUUUCUCACUACACCAUCUUCUUCUUUUUUUAUACCAUUUGUAAAUACGUACUGAGAUUCACGUCUACGGUUAAUUUAAUUAAUUAAUAUACGUAAAUAAGAA